GGACUGCCGUCUUCCUCACGGAGUCUUCGCUACCUUCUACUCAAUCCAACCAAAUAUUAUAAAUUUCAGCACCCUGGGUUGUUCCGGGUACGCCUGGAAUACUCACAAAUCUCUGGUUUUUUCUGCUUCUGGGUGUUGAAAUCUGAAAUGGGUAACGCGGCUGCAUCAUCCAGAACAGGGCGCCAGGUGAAAGUGAUGAAAUUGGAUGGCGAAGUUCUGAAAUUUAAGACCCCCAUAACGGUGGAUCAGCUUCUGCAAGACUACCCAAAUCAUGUUAUAUUGCUCUCUGAUGCUGUUCGUCAUGUGGGCGUUCGAGCCAGGCCUCUGGAGGGAUCCACACAGCUUAUGACCAAACAGCUCUAUUUUCUGCUUGAGAUGCCCAAAAUUGAGGCUUUUCGUGGCCCCGGGAGGGUUCGAUCCACGAUGAACAUGAGCGCCCAGUCGAGACUUGAAGCCAUGCUUUUGGCUCGGAGGUCCAGCUCUGAUAUCACUGGGCUUACUGCUAGUUCUUCUCCUUGUGCAGUUUCUGGGAAUUCGUCCCCCAUGAGAGGGGAAGAUGGGUCCAUUAGGGUUAAAGUCAGGUUGAGCAAAGCCCAACUGGCUCGAAUGACUCUGCAAGGCGAGAACAGUUCCGAAACUGCUGCAAAGAUUCUGGACCUCUGCCUUAACGAUGCAGAGCCCAAAAAUAUUGAGUCUUGUAGCCCGAAUUUGAUUCAAAAUCAGGGCUUUGAAACGCCCCGCCGUUCCUGCACGAAAACUGUGAAAAACCGGGUGAGAUUUCAUUCUGAUGUCCCAAAGGCGGAAGUUUACUGAAGGAUGAGAAUCUGAGAGAGCCGAAAUAUUGUGCAAUUAUACUGCUGCCAUUAUAGAGAUCUUAGUUUGGAGGAAUUACCAGUGCAACUGAAUUUUGGAUAGUCUGCUUGUAUAUGGCUGCUUUAGAUAUUUUUUACAGUUUAGUUAUACGCCUGGUUUAUUCGGAUGUCUGCGGUUGUAAAGGAGUCAUGUUGAUGGAUUGAAUAUGAUAAUAUUAAUUUUUUAUUUGAUAAGACGUGUUUGAUGGUAUUUUCUAUGCGAAGCUAUGCACAAUAAUAUAUGGAUUGUCUGUUGUGUCUCAUGGAUUGUCUGUCGUGUCUCAUGAGGGUUCUAUUUUUAUUUAAUAGU